AUGAGGAUUAUUGAAAAUUGGAUUAAAAGUAAACGUAUUUACUAUUCUAUAGGUAUUUCAGCUAUUGCUGUUAGUCUAUAUGGACUCACUUAUAGAUAGAUAUCUAGUACUUGGAGUGAACCUUUUACAUGGCUAGAUAGACCAGCUCUCGCAAGAACUCACUUUAUAACUGGGCCUAUUGUUUUAAGUUUUGGAAUAUUUUAGUUUAAUUAAAAUCUAAGACUUAAAUAUCCAUCUAUUCAUAUUUGGAUGGGUAGAAUAUACUCUCUAGCGAAUAUCAUAAGUGUUAUUUCAAUUUUUACUAUUGUUUUUGACUGUGCUUAUGGACUUGUUCCUACAAUUAGUUUACUUAUUUUAAAUAUUUUAUGGAUAAUAUCCUUGGUUAUUGCUAUCUACUAUAUCGUUAUAAAUAAAUGUAUACUUUCUCAUAAAUAUUGGAUGCUAAGAAACUAUGCCUUAACUUGCUCUGCUAUUACAUUAAGACUCCUCCUUGGUAUAUUUUCACCAAUUUUAGGGCUUGAAAUCGCAUACAAAAUAGCAACAUCUAAUUGCUAUGUUUGGAAUAUCAUUUUAGCAGAAUUAGUUAUUAGAAAAUUAAAGUAAAUGUAAUAAAUAAAUUAAGAUAGCCCUCCAUCAGUUACAUAAGUAGCAAGCUCAGAUAUAACCAAAGACAAAGAUAAUUCUCCAUAAGAGCCUGCUAACUUUUAAGAAUAGGCAUGA